AUGAGGAGCCUUUACGACACAGUCAGUGACAACGCCAAGGAUACGGAUCCCACAAUGCCACCGAAAACAAGACCCAGCAAGGACCGUCGAGACAAUCCUCAGCAGGACAUCGAACCAGAUCCAGCCCUAGAUUCAGAAGAGGAAAUCCCGAUAGUGGAUAACGACGAGAACGAUACGGCGGAAGAGCAGCAGGACGAGGAAGUGCUGGGAGAAAGGGAUGACACAGGGGACUCGUACCACUUACCUGAAGAAACAGAAGAUGAACUCGCACAACGUCCUACGCGUGCCGGUGUAGCAAGAAAACCGCGAAAGCAUGUGCCUGCCAAAACUGUUGUGGUCAUCGAUGAGGGUGAUGAUGGGGAAGCAUCUGAAGCUCAACGACGGACUCAAGCGGCCGCUACCAUCAAGCGAAAUUGGGGCUUUGGAAGCAUCCGAGAGUGCAUCCCAGAAAAGAAGUGGCUUUCGCGCGGACUCAAGGACUACGAAGACAAGAGCUGGCAACUAGAUACCAUUGACGAGUUCGAAGGGCUGUCAAACGAGACUCAAGGACAAGGCGAUGCAAUGAAAGAGCAAAUUGGCUUAUUCUUCGAUAAAAGGGGGAGUACAGGGGCUAAUCGAAGGAUAGGGGGCAGUGCCGUAGAGAAGGAGAAAAACUUGGUUGAUGAUAUCAAAAGGCUACGUAAAGGGGACAGGAUUGACCCGGAGACGCAUAGAGAGAUACCUGCGACCCCUCGGGGGGCUGGAGCGGCAUCAGGACCUAAGAAAAAGAGAGGAAAGCCGCAGAGCUCUGCAAAGUCGGCAACGAAAGACAGAAGCAAUCUAGGACGAGCCAGCAAGGAACAAUCGCGCAAGCGGAAGUCGGACGCCAUGGCUGAUGUCGGCGACGAGUCAGAUGAUGAGGACGAUGGAGACCAAAGUAGCGGCAAGCCAAGCAAGAGGCCAAGGAAAGAUGGCCAGCAACCGGCUGAGAAGCAAAGUGGAAGACAACAAGCAUCGGACCCUGACAGCUCUCUACGCAACCGAAUACGGACAUUACAGCAGCAAAGAGACGCACUCGAUCUCAUCCGCCAGAACUGGAGCAUCGAUUCUGUUCUGGAGUUCUUGCCACAACGCUGGUUUGAAAUGGGCGAAGACGCAGAUGAGCACAUUCCCCGGGCCAUCCUCGAGCACAUACGCGAUCUAUCCAACAUCACCAAUACACCAGAGCAAGGUCAAGCCGUCAGACAGGCGCUGCAUGACAGCAUGAACCCGCGUACAAGUACCUCUCUAGACGACAUCCUUGCGGUCAUCGCAGUGGCUGGCGAGCAGUUCUACGCCGCCGCUGAAGGACAGCGUCCAUCGCAUCCCGACAACAUGGGAACGACUUCCGACACCAGGGUUCUACUGCGAGCAGCUCGAAUUGCUGCCGCACGCACUGAUCGAGAUGAAAGGGGACAUUUGCUCAGGUACGAGGACAGCGUGCUUCGAAGUGCGGCUAGGCAUCGGGAAGUUGAGCGUCUUGAAAAUAUCAUGGCGCAGCAGAAAAGGGAUGCAGAACGAGAGAGUGAUAGGGAAGACGACGGGGAGGAAGAGUGA